AUGGUCAGUAACAUAACUUUUUCCAAUUUACAACAAAUUCUAAUUCGUGCACCUCUCUGUUAUUAUUAUUCAUCACAAAAAUCUGCAUGUUUACAAGAAAUUAGUUCAUCCUAUUUACAUCGAUUAGGACCAGGUCAACUACCAUUCGAACAUUCUAUUACAAAUCAUGAUAGUACAUCAUUUAUUCCAUGUAUGCUUAUACCUCAUGGUGCUUAUUGUGAUUCAGGACCACUUUAUGCUCACGGUUACUAUUGGAUAAAUUCAUUUGUUUUCGAUACAGCACUUAUUAUAGGAACAAAUCAUGGUGGAAUGGGUUCAUCUAAUGUGAGUUUGUCACCUGACAAUUGGCAAACACCACUUGGUGUUAUGGAAAUUGACACAGAUUUAUUUAAUACACUUAUCUCAGUCUUAGGUAUUCAAACAAUUGAUAGAGAAGCUCAUCGAACAGAACAUUCAAUAGAAAAUCAAUUACCAUUUUUAAAACAUUUACGACCAAAAGCAAAAUUUGUUGCAUUAUCAUUUUCAAGAUUAAAUGAUUUAAAUCAAGGAUAUAAAGUAUGUGAACAAAUUACAAAAGCAAUCAAUUUAUAUCGACAACAAACAGGUAAACGAUUAGUUAUUAUUUCCACGACGGAUUAUACUCAUUACGGUCCUGGUUAUGGUCAAAUUCGAGCAGAAAAUUUAUCUGAAAAUGAAGAACAUGCUCGUAUUCAUGAUAAACCUAUUAUACAAUCGAUUUUAUCGAAUGAUCCUGAGAGACUCUUACAAACUCAAUGGACAACUCAAAAUUCAAUGUGUGGACUUUGGCCAUCAUUAAUUGUCAUGAUUUUAUCAAAAAUAUUGAAUAAUAAUCAAGGACAUUGGAAACUUCUUUGUUAUAAUGUCAGUUCAGAAGUUAUGAACAGUGGCAAAGAUGUUUGUGGUUUUGCAUCACUUGUAUAUUCGAACACUUUGUGA